CAAACAAUAAAUUUUAUAUAAUAUCGCUAAAAAUGUAUUCCAUUCUAUGAAAUAAGUGAACGUGAAAGAAGGUUAGGCGGUUCACGGGUUCUAAUAGAUUGUGCCUUACAAUAACACCUGGCAGAUCAACUAUUGAAACAUGUUACAACGAGCUCCUAACCUUCUGAGAGUUUUGCAUACCAUUAAUCGUUACAACAAACACUGUUUAUACAUUUUUCAAGUAGGAUAUAUAAGAAGACAUGCCAGUACUUUGAUAACAUGCAACCACAAUACAAGAUGCAAGUUACAUAUUGUUGCAAAUCCUCAAAAGAUGUUUGGUGCAAAAACAGGAGAACAUCCAGCGAGAUGGAGGUGUGUUUUUGUCACUACGACCAGGCCAAUUUCUGUCAUUACAAAAGUACAAAAAGAAGAGUCAGGUGAUCUAGGCAACAAGUCAGGAGAUGGUGUACAACAAACAAUAAUAGAAUUAAAAGGAGAAAACUUAGGACAGUUAAAAGAGCAAAAGUUAGAUGUUAAACUUAGUGGUAGUCAGGAUAAGACAGAAAGUCAACAAGCUUCAAAAGCAGAAGUCAAAAAGAAAAGUAAAAAGAUGGAGAAAAGUUCAUCAUCUUUGGAACGUAAUUUUAUUACCCCAGUUAGAGCUAUGUCUGAUUUUUUGUUGAAACCCUCUGAUCUUGAAAACCUACCAAAGACAAAAAGAAGAUCUCCAUAUGAAUUUGAACCUCCGAUAACUGUUUAUUGGAGAAAGGACGUGGAAGCUAAAGCACUAGAAGUUUGGGGUUCACGAGAAGCUUUAAAUAGAGAACUAUUUAAGAAAGAACUUGAACAGAAAAUGUAUCAGCAAAACAUAUUCACUGUCAAACGGAGGUUGAGGGAUUAUAGACGUGAAAUGGGUAGCAAAGCGGACUUUAUCGAAGGGGAAGGUCUUUUUGGAAGAUCUGGCAAAGUAGUUCUAACUGCUAUUGCAAUCAAUGCUAGUAAUUUCUUAUUCAAGCUAUGCGCGUGGAUGUAUACGGGUUCGCAUAGUAUGUUUUCAGAGUGUAUACACUCUGCCGCGGAUACAUGUAAUCAACUGAUAUUAGCGUACGGUAUUCAUAAAUCAAUUCAGAAUCCUAAUCCCGAUCAUCCGUAUGGUUAUACGAAUAUGAGAUACGUUUCCUCUUUAAUAUCCGGUGUUGGUAUAUUUUGCGUUGGAACUGGUCUGUCGAUUUAUCACGGAAUUCACGGUCUUCUUUAUCCUAUGCCAAUAGAAUCGUUCUACUGGGCGUAUUUUAUCUUAGCUGGUUCCUUGGCAUCCGAGGGAGCAACGUUAUUAGUAGCAAUACAAUCGAUUAAAAAAGGGGCAGAAGAAAAGAAACGGACUUUUAAAGAAUAUGUAUUAGGGGGUCAUGAUCCUUCUGUAAUUGUUGUUCUUAUGGAAGACUUAACAGCGGUAGUUAGUAUUUUUGCUGCAGCUAUCUGCAUGGGUUUAAGUUCUUACACGCAAAAUCCAAUGUACGACUCUCUUGGAUCUCUUGUAGUUGGUGGCCUGCUUGGUGCUGUAGCAGGUUUUAUAAUACAUACAAAUGCUGCUGCUUUGAUUGGAAGAAGUAUAUCUCAGGAAGAUCUUGAUACGAUGAACACGGAAUUAGAAGCAGAUAUAAUGGUUCGAGCAAUUUACGAUGUUAAAGGUAUCGAUAUGGGCAAUAAUUUAGUUCGGUAUAAAGCUGAAAUAGACUUCGACGGAAGAGAAUUAACAAGACUUUACUUGGAGAAAAACGAUCUUGCCGACAUGUUGAAGGAAGUGCAAGAGAUGAAGAGCAUGGACGAAUUGGAAACAUUUAUGUUAAAGCAUGGCGAAUCUAUCGUCGAUAUGAUCGGUGGAGAGAUAGAUCGAAUGGAGUUAAAGCUAAAGAAAAAACACCCAGAAAUUCGACACUGCGAUUUGGAAAUCUUAUAACGUUUUUUUACAGUAAAUAAUACCGAGGAGACA